GUUCCGGAGACCGCCGAGGCGCAUGCGCAGCUCGAGCGGGGUUUGGUUUGUGUUUACAGCAGCACUGUUGCUGGCUAACGUUCAUCGCUGUUAUGUCAAGCCUCUCUGGAAUAAAAAGCUCUUGUGGAAACAGGUAAUUUUGCUCAUUAAACCGCCAUUCAUGAGCGCGUCUGGCUUGAUUUAGCAGUCAUGGAUGACAAGGCCUCGGUGGGGAAAAUUAGCGUGUCCUCCGACUCUGUGUCCACCCUCAACAGUGAGGACUUUGUCCUGGUGUCCCGGCUGGGGGACGACACCCCCUCCACUAAUAAUGGUAGCGAUGAUGAAAAGACAGGACUGAAGGUGAUUUCUGAGGAAGGGGUCAGCUUUAAGAUCGUGGGCAACGGCAGUGAGCAGCAGUUACAGCAGGAGCUGGAAGAUGUGCUGAUGGACCCCUCAGUCACUGAACUGGUGGGAGGACCGGACCAUCUGGGAGGAGCUGACCAUGGCUAUCCCACCACAGCUGUGCCACCGCGGUCCGGCCCAAAACCCCCUAAACUUGAGAUAAUGCUGCCUGUUCAGGGAGCUCAGGAGAGUGAACUCAACGAGAGAUCCUACAGGGAUGAGCCUUCUGACUUGAGUCCCAGGACCCCUGUCCCAGAUGAAGACAGCGUGGUGUUCAGUAAGCUGACGUACUUGGGCUGUGCGUCAGUGAACGCCCCGCGCAGUGAGGUGGAGGCUCUGCGAAUGGUCAGCAUCCUCCGCAGCCAGUGCCAGAUGCCCCUGGACGUCAACCUCUCCGUGCCCGGGGUCUCCGAGGGCACCGUCAGGCUGUUGGACCCUCAGACCAGCACCGAGAUCGCCAACUACCCCAUUUACAAGAUCCUCUUCUGCGUUCGUGGCCACGACGGCACGCAGGAGAGCGACUGCUUCGCCUUCACCGCGAGCCACUACAACAGUGAGAUCUUCCGCAUCCACGUCUUCCGCUGUGAGAUCCAGGAGGCGGUCAGCCGAAUACUCUACAGCUUUGCCACAGCUUUCCGUCGUUCAGCCAAUAAAGCGCCUCUGGCAGCCAAGGCUCCGCCCCUCACGCCAGACAGCGACGUCUUCACCUUCACCGUCAGUCUGGAGAUCAAAGAGGAUGAUGGGAAGGGCACGUUUAGUGCUGUAUCAAAGGACAAGGACAGACAGAGCUUCAAACUGAGGCCAGGCAUGGACAAAAAGAUAGUGAUCUACGUCCAGCAGACGUCCAACAAAGAGCUGGCCAUCGAGAGGUGUUUCGGGCUGCUCUUGAGUCCAGGGAAGAACGUGAAGAACAGUGACAUGCAUCUGCUUGACCUGGAAUCAAUGGGCAAGAGCUCUGAUGGGAAGUCUUACAUCAUCACUGGGAGCUGGAAUCCCAACACUCCUCAGUUUCAGGCCGUGAACGAGGAGACGCCCAAAGAUAAGUUCAUGUACAUGACGACGGCGGUGGACCUGGUGAUCACGGAGGUGGAAGAGCCCGUGCGGUUCCUGCUGGAGACGCGGGUUCGAGUGUGCUCACCCAACGACAGGCUCUUCUGGCCCUUCAGCAAACGCAGUUACACCGAGACCUUCUAUCUCAAGCUCAGGCCGAUGGAGAACAAGGAGAGGAAGAGCAACUCGGACACGCUUUACGAAGUGGUGAAUUUAGAGAGCGAGACCGAGAGAGAGAGGAGGAAGACCACGGCGAGCCCUGGCGUCCUGUCGUCCGGCUCUCACGGCUCUACGGUGCCCUCGCCUCCGGAGGACGAUGAGGAGGAAGAUAAUGACGAGCCGUUACUGAGUGGAUCUGGAGACGUGUCUAAGGAAUGUGGUGAAAAAAUCCUGGAAACUUGGGGAGACUUGCUGUCUAAGUGGCACCUGAACCUGGCCGUGCGACCCAAACAGCUCCCGGCGCUGGUCCGCAGCGGUGUCCCAGAGGCCUUGAGAGGAGAGGUGUGGCAGCUUCUGGCCGGAUGUCAUAACAAUGACCAUCUGGUGGAGGAAUACCGUACACUCAUCACUAAGGAAUCCCCUCAGGACAGUGCCAUCACUCGUGACAUUAACCGUACCUUUCCUGCACACGACUACUUCAAAGACACGGGCGGUGACGGCCAGGACUCUCUCUAUAAGAUCUGUAAGGCAUAUUCUGUGUAUGAUGAAGAAAUCGGUUACUGCCAAGGACAGUCUUUCCUUGCUGCUGUGCUGCUGUUACACAUGCCGGAGGAGCAGGCCUUCAGCGUGCUGGUCAAGAUCAUGUUCGAGUACGGUCUCCGGGAGCUCUUCAAGCAGAACUUUGAAGACCUGCACUGCAAGUUCUUCCAGCUGGAGAGACUCAUGCAGGAAUGCAUCCCAGACCUGUACGCACACUUCCUGAAUCUGGGUCUGGAAGCGCACAUGUACGCCUCCCAGUGGUUCCUCACGCUCUUCACAGCCAAGUUCCCUCUUUACAUGGUCUUUCACAUCAUAGACCUUCUGCUGUGCGAGGGCAUCAGUGUCAUUUUUAACGUGGCCCUCGCAUUAUUGAAGACAUCUAAAGACGACCUGCUGCAGACGGACUUCGAGGGUGCGCUGAAGUUCUUCCGAGUGCCGGUGCCCAAGCGCUAUCGCUCCGAGGAGAACGCCAAGAAGCUGAUGGAGCUAGCGUGCGGCAUGAAGAUCAGUCAGAAGAAGCUGAAGAAGUACGAGAAGGAGUACCACACCAUUCGAGAGCAGCAGGAACAGCAGGAGGCGCCCAUCGAGAGAUACGAGAGAGAAAACCGGCGGCUGCAGGAAGCUAACAUGCGUCUGGAGCAAGAAAAUGACGAUUUGGCUCACGAACUGGUCAGCAGUAAGAUCGCCCUGAGGAAAGACCUGGACAACGCUGAGGAGAAAGCCGACGCGCUCAACAAAGAGCUCCUCAUCACUAAACAGAAACUGGUGGAAUCUGAAGAUGAGAAGAGACGACUGGAGGAAGAGUCUGCACAGCUGAAGGAGAUGUGUCGGAGAGAGCUGGAUAAAUCGGAGUCUGAGAUCAAGAAAAACGGCUCCAUCAUUGGAGAAUACAAACAGAUCUGCUCUCAGCUCAGCGAGCGGCUGGAGAAACAGCAGACGGCCAACAGAGGAGAGCUGGAGAAGAUCCGGAUGAAGGUGGAGGGCUGCGAGAAGUGCAGCAUUCUCUUCAGUAAGGAGGGCCGCCUGAAGGUGCUCAGCGCUCCUAAGGAGGGCAGCGAGGAGGACACGGACGAGGAGAAGGAGGCGCUGAAGAACCAGCUGAGAGAGAUGGAGCUGGAGCUGGCGCAGACCAAACUACAGCUGGUGGAGGCCGAGUGCAAGAUCCAGGAUCUGGAGCAUCAUCUGGGUCUGGCUCUGAACGAAGUCCAAGCCGCCAAAAAGACGUGGUUCAACCGGACGUUAAGCUCCAUCAAGACUGUGACAGGAGCUCAAGGAAAAGAGAGCGUCUAACGAGAAACACUCCAGCCCCGUCACCAACAACUCUCCUUUUGUAUAAACAGAAACCUUCCUGAAACACAAGUACUUACUGAAAGAAAAAGACUUUAACGCUAGUCUUUCUACUACUGAUGAUGUUAAACCGAGAGCUGACCCGGACACGCUCUUCUGGGGACGAUUAACAUUUCUAUCUGCUGUCCUACUCCAGACUACUUGCACAAAGUCAACCGACGGUACGAGGGCUGCCGGAAAACUAGCUUACGUUAUAGCCUGCCUUUCGUCGUUGUGAUAAAAGGGCAGAUUCGUGUGCAUGUGUACGACUGAGGUCUGCUUUUAUUGUACAGUGUGUGUGUGUGUGUGUGUGUGUGUGUGUGUGUGUGUGUGUGCGCGUGCGGGAAUGCGUUGGCCAAUAUUGUGGUUCUCGGAGGAAAACAGGAAGUAGGUAGCACACUGUACAUAGACUGUACAGUCAACUUUUAAUUAGAUUCCUCCUCAAACCACUAGCUGGCGCCCUUCUGAUGUUAACAAAACAAGUGAACGGCGUGUGAUGGGAUGCCGGCGUUGCGUGUAUGAAGCCAUGCACAUCUGCUCGUGUUUCACAGUAGAUGUUCCUCGUGACUAACGGCAAGCACUUAACACCGGAGGGAAAGUCACCGCGCUGAGGGGAAGGUGUUUGCACCUUACAGACGUAUUUAUAUUAAUAUCAGGCUUGCUAGAGUUCUUGUCAUUGUUAAAGACGACAAAUGUGGCCGUUCUAAAAGGCACUGGGUUGUAAAUAGCUUCGUUUUGUUGGUUUUUUUUGGAUUAAUUUUAUAUUUCGACUUUGGUAACUGUACUAAUGUUGCCUCAUCGUACUGUGCUACAGAUUAUUACUCAUGUUUUGCUUUCGUCUGAAUUUCAAACUGCUGUCUGAUCAUUACAUGCCAAAUGUACCUUUUACCCAGCAUUACAUGCGUGUGGACGUGGUAAUAGUGUAGGAUGCAUUGUGUAAACCUCCAUGAAUUUCAGUAUAAACCUAUGAACACGU